UACGGUGGACGGUGGAGCGGGCGGUAGUGAUCGCGACACGUUCUCUGGGAGUGGAUCCACACCCAUGUCUUGCGGUGACGCUCUGCUACGCAGGGGUGUCGUCGGGGGCGCGUGAUCGCGAGGGCGCGAGGCACAUCGCCGCACUCGGUACUUUCCGUUCCGCCGCCGCCACCACCGUUGCUUCACCGUCGAUCUCGGCACGCGAGUCCCGCACGUAAACUUCCUCCCUUUUCCCCCCGAAUGUACAAAUAAAUCCGCCAGCGUGCGACGAGGGAAUUGCGAUCCACGGGGUCGCGUGAAGCGCGACGCAAGGAUGCGGCGGGUAUCGUCCAGAUGUCCACCGAAGUGGCGGAUCGUAGGAGGAAUUCCGCAUUUCGGCGAGAGGCGAGAGGAAGGGUGGUAGAUACGGCAGUGAAAUGACGCAAUUUGCUCCCUAACGUCCGAUAAUCGUCCAGUUCGAGGGUGGGCCUCGGUGGCAUCGUCAUCGACAUGAAUCGAGAAAACGAGGAACAGCGACCGGUCCCUCAGACGCUGUGCGGCGCGCUGCAAAAAGAACCGAAUUGCAAAUGCCUGGUGCUGACGGUCCUUAUAUACGGCUGUCUCGCGGCAGUAACAUGGUGCAGAUGCGCCAACGUCACCAAGAUUAUGGUCAACUACACCAAGUAUCCCAUCAGAAGUACGAGACACGUAUCAUCGCCCUGUGACGAUGGCUAUAUAUACAUUCCGGUGGCAUUUAUGGGGAUGCUGUAUCUGGUUUAUCUGGUGGAGUGCUACCAUUCGCCGAUCAGGAUCGAUCUGCUGCAUGCGGAGAGCCAGGACGGCGUGCUGUCCAAAUUGGCGCAGUUAAAGAUGGCACAGCCGCGGAUAUGGUGGAAGGCGGUUUCCUACCACUACGUGCGCAGGAAACGGCAGAUUACGCGUUACAGGAACGGGGAUAAUUAUACCACCACACAGGUUUAUUACGAGAGAGUGAACACACACUCGGCCACCUCCAACUACUAUUAUGACUAUUGCGGAGUGAAGGACAUCAGUAAAGAAUUGAUACUCGAGGCCAAGAUACCGAUCACGAAGAUCACGCUUACCAAGGGCUUCGCUUUCUCGAAUAUAAGAUCCGCCACGGAAUUCGAGGAGGCACGGUCGCGAUUUUUCGCCGAACAAGAACUCAGUGACGACUAUAUGGAGAUGAGAGAGGGUCUUGAUCUCGGAUACAACGUCAACACGAUGCUAGUUGCCGUUCUCGGUAACCCCUGGUUCACGAAUCGCUACGUUUACUGGUGUCUGAGCGCUCUGCUGCUUAGCUGGCCGUUACGAGUAAUCAUCGAGUACAAAACGCAAUACGCUGAUUAUCAGGUUACCAAGCUGUUUGGUGUGAAUUACGACACGCCGACCUCCGGUGAACCCAUCCACGCGUCCAUGAGCCAGCUAAGUCAGCCAGGUUCUUACAUGCUGGCGCCCAGUUACAGUGAGGCGUUACUGAUGGAACCAGCAACGCCUCGCAACGAUGGGCCGGAACAGAGGCAAGAAAAUUGGAGAGGCCGCGGGGAAACGGAAGUAGCGACCGACAUGGUGCCGAGCUAUUCCGAGGCACUCCUCUACGAGCGCGCCGAACAGUACGAUCGUCAGAAUGCAAUCGCGAAUAACGCCACUGCUGCAUGCGCGGGAAAUACGGCUACGCCCUGCAGCGUGGAGGAUCCGAGACGUAUACUACUCCCAAUGCCAUGCGAAUGCCACUGCCCUUGUCCUUGUCACGGGAACGCGAACCAGGACUAUGACCCCAGGAUGGACGAACGUAGUUACAUCGAGAUCGCGACCAGCAGAGAACACUUGCCAACGGCCACCGAGGUCGGCGAUUCCUUCGAGAGCGAAUUAGCGACGCUACGGACAACGGCGGACGGACGAUUGCAUCCUCCCGCAAAUCUAGCCCCCCGUUCCAUGGACGAUUUCCAAGCUGACGCGUCUCCGAGCAGGUGCAGCAGCUGCGGCAGGAUUUCCGCUAGUACACAAACGAUCAACACCGACAUCCCACAUCCUCCUCACGUUAUCGCUAGGAACAAAUCCAACGAAGGCUCGCAGACUUUCAUUUCUGGCAUGACGUCCGAAAGAGAGCACCGAGCUAUACCUCGUGACAUUUCCGAACCUAAUCUGAGGUCGCGAUCGGAACUGGCGGGGCUUCCCAAGGGGAACGUCAGAAGCCUGGAGAACAUACUGGAGAACGAGGAAGAACUACCGGGAGCUAAAUGGAAAGCCAGCUUUGCUAAAAUAGAGAUGAAUCUUCCGCACGAAAGGUCGCAUCCACCCGAACGCCACAGGAAAUUUCCGGCCUCUCUUCCGCCUUCUUUGACUCAUCAUCGUUCCCUCUCCCUCGACGAGACGAGCGUUUCCCCGAGAAACAUGGGCGCUAUUCCGAAAACUGAACCUCGUAGCAGGAUCGUGGUGAAUCCUAUGUCAAAUGAAGCCUGCUGGAAACUCCCCAAUUCAAAGACGUAUUUUUGCUUAAAGUCGAUCCUGAAGCAAAACAGGCGCAGUUAUACGUUGGUGACCGCGGACGAAUUUCAAAAUCUUGCCGAGCAAGACAACCGUGGUCAUGAAUACCCUGACAGUUCCGGCAGAGGCGAGAAGAGCGAUCGCGAUAUUCACAUUGAUAAAACGGCUGACCGUUCGCGCUCGAGGGAAAGAUUGAAUCCCAGGAGGAGGAUGCCGUCCUUUGAGGAGUUUAUGUCGGGAAGAGAUAAAAUGUAUCACAAUUAUGAUCAGAAACGGGAAAGCACUAGAACGCUCAUUUUCGCCAGUCCGAUACAAGAAAUCUUCCCUGGUGAUCCGUUCGGCGGCAAGGACAUCGUGCCCGUAAGAAAUUUGAGAGAUCGCACUAGAGACGGCGAUCCUGCGAGCGAUUCGGCGAUGCUCUCUCGGUCAAACCGAUCUCUUGCCGCUCGAGAUGCAAGAUGCCUUCCGACCGAUUACACUAGGAGUCCAUUCCGGCCCGACAGCACCGCGUAUCCGUUGCCACAUGUUAUGCAUCCUCCGUACUGGCAUGAAAGAGAGCUCCAGUAUCUUUUACAUAACCGACACCCGCUCGAGCCAAUGGGCACUUCCACUAGAGCGGAGGAGACACCGCGAAUGUAUCGGAGCGACGUCUCGUUUCCUUCCUACGACGGGAUGCGUUCCUCCGAGCGCGCGAACAGAUGGUCGACAAGCUCGAAUGAGUACGACGACAGAUCUCGCGAGAGUCAUCCGACUAAUUCAAGGUACUUGUCGCAUAGAAGACGCCAGGCAGCCGGUUUGACCAGAUCGCUCACCGAGAGACGUCCGAAGGUUGCCCGUCUCGACAGGAACUUCCGGAGAAGCUUUACAGGCAGGGUGGAAGAUUAUAGAAUGGAGAACGCCAAACGGACAAAUUUCAGCAUCGAGACGUCAUUGUAACGAGCGCGAUUCUCGGGAUGUCAAUUGCAUCGGUCUCGAUUAGACGUGGCUACGGUUAAUGCCUCUGCUGUAUAAAUGUUUCUCUAAAUUGCCGUGAAAUUACGAUACUUAAAUGUGGAGUGAAAAAUAUCUUUCCAUCUUAUCACAAUUCCUGAGUUUACAAAACGAUGCAAUAUAACAACAUCAGAAACUAUUGAUACCUGGAUAAUUCUAUAAAACAAAACGGUCUCGACCUCGCGCAACAAUAUUGCAGAGUCUACAAUGUAUGAUCUCAAGAGUAUCUUGAUGAAUAGGCAUGUGCUUCAGAAAGGAACAGCAGAUUGUUAACUCGGAAGUUAAUUGAUCCAGAUCGUUGCAUUGAUGCAACUCACUAUUAGAUAAGAUUGCUAGUUUUCCUUCCCUGUCUACAAUAUUAUAAAUGGGACUAUAAUCUAAUUAGAACAAGGAGUCACUGAGGAUUUAGGUAAACCGAACUGUCGGCAUGACUCAGCCUUAAAUCGUUACUCCUUUGUUCCAUGCUACUUGUAUCGUAAGUAUCCGUCCUACUACUUCACGAAUUAACCAGAUACGCAAACGGGUCAUGCAAUUUUUCAAAGGAAUGCGGGCUAUUGCCCCUAGCGCCUUCGCUUAAAGGCACUCUCGAAAGAGGACCAUGAUAUUACACGCAUUUUAGGAAUUUGACAAUCGGUCAUCGAAGAAGUUUGAAAAAUGAUCGUGUACACGUGCAUUCAGCGUUAAAUACCAACUAUCAUCAUUUCAGAACUCCAGCCAAUUUUAAUCUAUGAUUCAUAUCAGAAUGCAGGAUAAAAUUUUAUUAAUAAUUUUAUAUGCCAUUCCCAGCGAGAAAUGACUCGUCGAUCGAUGUCGAAGCAAUGUCGAAUCGGAAGUCCCUAAAUGUAUUACUAAAAUUAUAUAAUUUUAAGAAAUUCAUAAAUUAGGAUUAAUAAUGACUUUACUAGAUUUAUAUCAUAAUCAUCAUUAUUGGAGACCAGAAAGAUGGAAAAUGAAUUUGUUGAAAACAAUUUACGUAUCCACCAUGGCUUUUUAAUUUUAACAUUGAUUUAUAUAUUCGGUAAUCUCUCUAAAAAGAACUUUCGUGUUAUAAAUUUGAGCAAAAUCUGAAACUAAGAAGUACAGAGACAAGUAAACGGGGGUUUGUGACCGUCGAGACACUUAAUGAUUCAAUUUACAAUUUUUUUCGCAAGACAACGAAUGUAACGUUUAAUCACAAAAAUCUUAGUAUACCUCAUUUUCGCAAUACAUUCCAUUUGAGAAAAGUUUUGAUAGCAUACUUAAUUUUAAUUUUGAAAUAAGAAAAAAGUGAUAAAACAUAGUAAAUUUUAUUAAAAUUAAAUAUAAAAAUAAUAUGUAUGUAUUCAUUGUCUUCCUUAGGGUUACAAUUACGUAUGUUCGUACAUCUAGUUUAAUUUAAACUUAUCCUAAAUUUAUUCAAAACUUAAUUUAAUUUGCUCAUAUUAUCUCUAUUCAGUAUAUUAAUGUUUUCUGUCCUCCGGAUGUCAAUCUUCCUCUCCCUCUCUCCUUCUUUCGCUCCCCCUUCCUCUCUCUUUCUACUCAUCCUCUUCUUCCUCUUCAAAUUGUUCCGUCUCGUCUUUUCUUUUUAUUGUCUCUUCAUUCGCCCCUUUGUCUCUUCCCCCUGCCCGUCUCGCUCUCUUAACUUUGAAAUUUUAAGUUGAACUACGUUUCAUCAGAUAUAAUUACAUUUAACGUUAAAUGCACGCUGAUAAUACGGAGCGUAAUAUAGUAAUAACUAAAGCAUAUAGAAACUAGAUUGCCGGGCAGGGCGCGCCAAACAAAGCGACGAUAUAGCAUUUCGGGAGUGAGUUCAUGUACAAUUAAUUUUUCGGGAUAAUGUGCCUCGCUAUUUUAGCCAAGCCAAUUUGAAAGUUACGCGCAAUUUACAAUUAGGCAUAUACGCUGUUACAAAAUGUCAAGAGUCAAUUACGUACGCGAGCUGUCACGAGUUGCAGCCGUAAGUAAUGUUUUUUUUUUUCUUAAAUUACCGUUUAUUGAUGAUUCUUAGAUUAUCGUUUAAUGAAGUUUUAGGUUUAAAUGUAUUACCUAUAUUUUUUAUAAAUAUUACAUGAUUUAGGAAUAUUUUGUAUAUAUUUCAAACGAAUACGGCUGAUUUAUUCGUAUUAAAUAUGUUCCGAUUUGGCAUACGAUUUUGAAGGAAUUCAAUGUUCCAUGUUGUUACGUACUCUUUUAUUAAUUAAUUGUAACAGUUUAUUAGAAUCAUAAAAAUUAGUUAAUAAUAUUUGUAUCUCUUCGAGUUGUUCGUUUAUAUUUAACUUUGCAAGUGGGUAUAAACUAAAAUUCUGGCAGCUAAGAGCAUACUGGAUACGUAGCGAUAUUCAUAUUUUCAGUUUUCUCACGCGUCUUUGUUGUCACAUUUAAAUAUAAACGACGAUUCGAAGACUCCACUAAUUGUUACUACUUGUUACAACUUGUAUUUAAGUUCGCGUACAUGCUAUGCCACGCACAGCUUAUGGAAAAUAGAUAAAACGAUAAGGGUUAACGAAAAUUCGUUCUGGGAAAUUACAAUUUUUUCUUUUUUUUCGAAAAGUUUAUCAAACAAAAGUUAAAAAAGAAAAGUUAAAUUUUUUAAAUUUAGCAAUAUAAUGCUCGUAAAAGAGACAAUAAUACCGAGGGAAAAAUUUCACACAAUUAACUUUUAGGCCACCUACAUUCUGCUCGGACCGUAUUGGCUUAAUUAUUUCGUAUUGAGAAAAAAAUUUGGUUAUUUAAAGUCCGAGAGGCUUAAGAUAAAGAGCUCGAUAUCGUAGAACGAAUUUUACUGGCAAUUCUUUUCGAGACGUCUACUUUUCUCGCGGUUGUCCGUUCAUUGUAAAACUAUUUUACGCGUAGACAAGUGUAGAUCCGUCGAGCGAUUCUAAGUUGCGCAUUUUUCUACGGAUAGGAUAAAGCAAGGGUAAAUCUGAACUAAGUAACCCGUUAAGCGAUAGCUCAAGUAACUGCACGCGGUUAUUAAUGUCAAGUGCGAGCGCACGUGGUGACCAGGAGGACGCGCCGAGUUUUUGAUAAAUACAUACGUUCAAUUGCAAAAAGUCGGCGCGCAGCACAUGCUCAACACACACGCACAAAAACACACACACACAGACACAUACAUACACGCGCGCGCGCAUGCACGCACAUGUUUUACCGACAUAUGCCUUCGUCGUGUUUAUACGUAUACUUUGAAUUUGUAAUCUUAAGGCUAAAAAAAAAGAGCAGCGUCGUGCAGGAAUUAACGCGAGUCUAGAGUUUUAAAGCAACUUCGAUUAAACUUAUUGUUAACUUGAUCGGCAAUUAAUCUAAUCAACGAGGAAUUGUGUCCGACAAAAUUUCCGUAAUUCUACGAAUUUAUUUAUUUCCCCUAUUUUUUCCAUGUACGAACAACAAAAAUUGACAAUUUUACAUUAUUACCGGCAUUAUUGACCAAGCGGUAAUCAGCGAUUACAUUAAUCAAAAUUUUCUCAAAGCCGCCCUUAAAUCAUUGCUUCGAGGCUGCUUUAUAGAUACACAGAGUGUCCUUAGGCGCAUUCUUUUAUUUACACCCGCGAUCGAUUUGAAAGAGGCUUGGGACACCCUGUGUAGAUAUUACGUCCGCGUUAAAGACUCGAAUGAUGCGUCACGACGAAUAGUGAUAACUUAAUCACAAGUAAAAAAUUUUUCAGACAAAAAUAUACAAUAUAUAAUUAUAUAUAAAGUAUGUCAUAUGUAUUUUUCAUUCUUUUGCAUAAUUUCUAUCGUGGAAUGGAAUAUACAGGGUGUUCGGAAAUUCAACCGACAAAUUUUCAGAAAUCAACCAAUAGUUACAUAACAUCAAGGUCAAGUUCAAGGACAAUUUCAUGGUCACUAAAAAGAUAGUACUUCAUGACCCCUGCCACUUUUAUUCGAGUCAUUUUCUGUGAAAGUGUAUUCUUUUCGAAUACCCCUGUAUGUUCGUUGAGAUUUACCGUCAAUCUAUCGUAAAAAAAUUGACAAUUUUGUUACUAUUUUAAUUAUUGAUUAAUAAUUAUCUUAACUAUUGUAUGUUCAAAUCAUGUCAGCAGGCUCUGUCGACCCGGUAAAACAUUUUUCAUGCGUGUACAUGAAUAAAUAUAUAAAAUUGUACAUAAAAAAUAUGUCCACAUUU